CAACGAAAUGACCAGGAGAAUAAUUAAUUGUUGACGCCACAACUCGGAUAAGCCUUUUGCUCCGGGUCCCGCGCUGGUUAUUAAUUUGUACACUGUCCCUGGUUCUAGAUGUAAGACGCUGGAUGUCGCGGUGCCGUAUUGGACCGAUUUCCAAGCCUACAAAAGAAAAGAACGCAACAAUGAAGCCUUCCUUCUUUUUCGUCUCGCUCCUGGCAACAUCAGCCCUCGCCGCCCCGGCACCCAGCCCCGACCCUGGCCCUGCUCUGGAGGCGAGGUCGUACAGCUGCAACCCGCUUCACGGCAACCCUUGUCCUGCAGCUUGCGCAGCGGGAUCGCAGUCGAUCAACUGCAGUGCUUCUUGGUGCGAGGAAACCAGCGCUCCCAACAAAGGGGUGUGCGUGUGCAGCUGUCACUACUAGGGUGUGUUGUAUGCGACUAUCGCGGGGGACGUGGGUGCCUAGACUAGAUGCCCUAGACUGUACGGAAUCCGCACAGCAGCAGUAUA